GCCGAAACUCCCCCUCCCCCUUCCCACCUCUCCGUUCCAGACGCGGCUCCUCUGAAAACUCCAUUACCUUCUCUGCCGAGCGUUUCCCUCCCAAAGUGCCUUCUGGGGCGGGCCUUCCCCUCCUGCAAGGCAUUCUGGGGCGUUCCUCCACUUACUUCGCUCGCCGCCUUUCUCCCUCGCUCACCACCUUGCUCCCAGACACCGCAGCACCAGCCAGCCAGCCAGCCAGGGAGGCAGAGCAGUGGACAGGCUUCCACCAUCUCAGCUGAUUCUUCAGAAAGGCCUGCCCAGCCAGCCGGACAAAGCCAGACUCCAAAUCACACAAAAAUGGCUGCAGCUAAAAAAGCUAAAACAGACAGUGGAAGAUCAUUCCAAGACGCCUGGACAGAGUUAUUUGGAGUGAUUGAACGCGGCGGGAAAGCAUUCUGCGUCCUGUGUAACGAAAGCGUUGUCUGUCGCACAUCAAGCGUCAGACGCCACUUUGACACCAACCAUGAAAACGUUGCCAAACUUGGUGAAGCUGAACGAAAAGAGUUUCUUGAAGGGAAAUUGAGGAACUAUCAUUCCCAGCAUCUCAGUUUUUCCAGCUACCUUUCCAGAACAAAUCAUCUGACAGCUGCCAGUUUUCAAAUUUCACUGUGCCUAGCAAAACACGGCAAGCCCCUCUCUGAUGGGGAGAUUAUCAAAACGGCCAUGUUGUCUGGGAGUAAUUCCCUUUUUCAUGAUUUCCCAAACAAGGACAAAAUUCUGAAACGCUUUUCUGAGAUGGCAAUUAGCAGAAAUACUGUGAAAGAUCGAGUCCAGCGCAUGGCAAGUGAUGUUAGUCAGCAGCUCACCACUGACUUGCAAAAGGCAGCCUGUUACUCCAUGUGCGUGGAUGAAAGCACAGAUGUGACUGAUCAUGCCAGGCUAGCAGUAAUUCUGCGUUAUGCUGCUGGUGACAUCAUGAGAGAAGAGCUGGUGAAACUGGUGUCUUUGCCCAAAAGAACACAAGGGAUAGAUAUCCACAAUGCUGUGAUGGAGGCUUUUGUGUCACACAAUAUCAGACCAGAAAAAGUGGUUUCAAUCACUAGUGAUGGGGCACCUUCCAUGGUGGGGGCAACAUCUGGCUUCAUACAGUUCUUUGUGAAAGAAAUAAAACAUCCAGUUAUCCAGUUCCACUGCAUUAUACACCAGGAAGCUCUUUGUGCCAGGGACAGCAGCAAAACAUUUGACGAUGUCCUCAAAGACGUCACAAAAAUGGUCAGUUUCAUCAUGGCUCGUAGUUUCCGAAUUCUCGACAGUUUCAGACACUUCUUGAGGAGGUUCAGGCACAAUACAAUUGUUUACUAA